UACUAUAAAAAAAAAUAAUGAUGGAAUCUUCUUAUGAUACAAAUGAUUCACAUUAUCAGAGUAUAUCAUACUUAGGACAUUGUUGUAAUGGUAUAGCCGUAAUUCAUUUAUCAAGACAUAUUCCUUCAAAUACUCUAGUUGCCAUUAAAAAAUUUAAUAUGGAUAAAGCAAAAGAAGACACAGUUUUAAUUGAGCAUGAAAUCGUUUUAACUAGACAAUUUCAUCAUCCAAAUAUAUUGCCAUAUCUUGCUGCAUACGUAAAUGGUCCAGAAGUUUGUGUAAUAUCACCAUUAAUGGCCUUUGGAUCAUGCAAAAAUUUAAUUGAGAACCAUUUUACUGAAGGCUUGCCAGAAUUAGCUAUAGCAUUUAUAAUUAGGGAUGUUAUUCAAGGAUUAGAUUAUAUACAUAAAAAAGGAUACAUUCAUAGAGCAAUUCGUGCAAGUCAUAUUUUAGUAUCAUCCACUGGACAAGCAUGUUUGACUGGAUUUCGUUAUGCAUGUCAAAUUGUCGAAAAUGGAAAAUGGCAAAAACGUAUACAUUCAUUUCCAAAUAGUACGGCGAAUAAUUUAAAUUGGUUAAGUCCAGAAGUUUUGGAACAGAAUUUACAAGGAUAUAAUGAAAAGUCUGAUAUUUAUAGUAUAGGUAUAACAUGCUGUGAACUUGGCAAUGGUAUUGUUCCAUUUGCCGACAUGCCAACGACUUUAAUGCUCACAGAAAAAGUACGCGGUCAUCCGCCACCAUUGUAUGAUAGUUCAACAUUUCAGGGAUUAGGAAAUUUAGAAUUGUCUCAAUCACCUAGAAAUGGUGAAAUGGGUGAUUCAAAUGGUGCAAGUAGUUCGAAUCUACAAUCAAAAGCACGAAUUUACUCAAGUCGACAAUUUACCGAUGCAUUUCAUUCAUUCACGGAAAUUUGUUUAGAAAAGAAUCCAACACGCAGACCAAGUGCUACAGAACUGUUGCAUCAAUCAUUUUUUAAAUUAUGUAAACGUGGUGAAUCUGUGCCCGAUUUAUUGCAUCCUGUAAUGCCAAUAAAUGAUCAAAUCUCCAGUGAAACGGAUGAUUGGGAAGCAGUAUUAGCUGCUGAGAAAAUGCAAGAAAUGGAUAUAAACACAUGUGAAUGGGAUUUUUAAGAGCUUUAAAAAAUUUACUUUAAAAUAAAAGAAAAUGAUACCUA